CAGCCGGCCUGUCGGGGGGCGGGGAGCGGCCGCGGCCAGACCCACCGGCGGCGAGGCUCGCGGGCCGGCGCUUCCUGGAGCAGUCUCCUCCUCCGCAGCCCGGCGGCAGCGGUGAGCGGCCACCGCCGGCAGCCCGGGGCUGCCUCCGAAGAAAGGAGAAUGGCGUUCAGCAAAGGAUUUCGAAUCUAUCACAAAUUGGAUCCCCCACCUUUCAGCCUCAUAGUGGAAACCAGGCAUAAGGAAGAAUGUCUCAUGUUCGAGUCUGGAGCUGUAGCGGUGCUCUCAUCAGCAGAAAAAGAGGCAAUCAAGGGUACAUACUCCAAAGUUCUAGAUGCCUAUGGACUUUUAGGUGUUUUACGAUUAAAUCUUGGUGAUAUUAUGUUACAUUAUCUGGUCCUAGUCACUGGAUGUAUGUCCGUUGGAAAAAUUCAAGAAUCUGAAGUUUUCCGAGUUACUUCCACUGAAUUUAUAUCACUGCGAGUUGAUUCUUCGGACGAGGAUCGCAUUUCGGAAGUUCGAAAAGUUUUAAAUUCAGGAAACUUUUAUUUUGCAUGGUCUGCAUCUGGAGUCAGUUUGGAUCUGAGUCUUAAUGCCCACCGUAGCUUGCAAGAACACACAACUGACAAUAGAUUUUUCUGGAAUCAGUCUUUGCACUUGCAUCUCAAGCACUACGGUGUGAAUUGUGACGACUGGUUAUUACGCCUCAUGUGUGGGGGAGUAGAAAUCAGAACAAUUUAUGCUGCUCAUAAACAGGCAAAGGCUUGCCUCAUUUCCAGACUAAGCUGUGAACGAGCUGGGACCAGGUUUAACGUCCGGGGAACAAAUGAUGAUGGUCACGUCGCCAAUUUUGUAGAAACAGAACAGGUUGUGUACUUAGAUGACACUGUUUCUUCCUUCAUACAAAUCCGGGGAUCUGUCCCAUUGUUCUGGGAGCAACCAGGAUUGCAGGUGGGAUCCCAUCGUGUUCGUAUGUCAAGGGGAUUUGAAGCCAAUGCACCCGCUUUUGACAGGCAUUUUAGGACACUUAAGAAUUUGUAUGGUAAACAAAUAAUAGUAAAUCUGCUUGGAUCUAAGGAAGGUGAACAUAUGCUAAGUAAGGCUUUCCAGAGUCAUCUGAAAGCUUCUGAACAUGCUGCUGAUAUUCAGAUGGUGAAUUUUGACUAUCAUCAAAUGGUUAAAGGAGGAAAGGCAGAAAAAUUACAUAGUGUUCUUAAACCUCAAGUCCAGAAGUUUCUGGAUUAUGGAAUUUUUCAUUUUGAUGGAAGUGAAGUUCAAAGGUGCCAGAGUGGUACAGUUCGAACAAACUGCUUGGAUUGUCUUGACAGAACAAAUAGUGUGCAGGCAUUCCUUGGUUUAGAGAUGCUGACUAAACAGUUGGAAGCUCUUGGUUUAGCUGAAAAGCCUCAGUUGGUGACUCGCUUUCAAGAAGUUUUUCGAUCAAUGUGGUCUGUGAAUGGUGAUUCAAUCAGUAAGAUUUACGCAGGAACUGGAGCCCUUGAAGGAAAGGCUAAGGCUGGAAAGUUAAAAGAUGGUGCUCGUUCAGUUAGUAGAACAAUUCAGAAUAACUUCUUUGACAGCUCCAAGCAAGAAGCAAUUGAUGUUUUGCUCCUGGGAAAUACUCUAAAUAGUGAUUUAGCUGACAAAGCUCGAGCCCUUUUAACUACUGGAAGUUUGCGUGUUUCUGAACAGACAUUGCAGUCAGCAUCUUCUAAAGUACUAAAGAGCAUGUGUGAGAAUUUCUACAAGUAUUCAAAGCCCAAGAAAAUUCGAGUAUGUGUGGGCACCUGGAAUGUGAAUGGCGGGAAGCAGUUUCGCAGCAUAGCUUUUAAGAAUCAGACCCUUACGGACUGGCUUCUUGAUGCCCCCAAGUUAGCUGGCAUCCAGGAGUUUCAAGAUAAAAGAAGUAAACCAAUGGAUAUAUUUGCAAUUGGUUUUGAGGAAAUGGUCGAGUUGAAUGCUGGAAACAUUGUGAAUGCAAGCACAACAAAUCAGAAGCUCUGGGCUGUGGAACUUCAGAAGACCAUCUCCAGAGACAACAAGUAUGUGCUGCUGGCCUCUGAGCAGUUGGUGGGUGUCUGUCUGUUUGUUUUUAUCAGACCACAGCACGCUCCCUUCAUCAGGGAUGUUGCGGUUGAUACUGUGAAAACUGGAAUGGGAGGCGCAACUGGAAAUAAGGGAGCAGUUGCAAUACGAAUGCUGUUCCACACCACAAGCCUCUGCUUUGUCUGCAGCCACUUCGCUGCAGGACAAUCCCAAGUCAAAGAACGAAAUGACGAUUUUGUAGAAAUAGCACGGAAGUUGAGUUUUCCAAUGGGAAGGCUGCUCUUCUCCCAUGACUAUGUGUUUUGGUGUGGUGAUUUCAACUACCGAAUCGAUCUCCCUAAUGAGGAAGUGAAAGAGCUUAUCAGACAGCAAAAUUGGGAUUCUCUUAUUGCAGGAGAUCAGCUUAUCAAUCAGAAAAAUGCUGGACAGAUUUUUAGAGGAUUUUUAGAAGGAAAAGUGACCUUUGCUCCGACGUAUAAAUAUGACUUGUUUUCUGAUGACUACGACACUAGUGAAAAGUGCCGCACCCCUGCAUGGACAGACCGUGUCCUCUGGAGAAGACGGAAGUGGCCUUUUGAUAGAUCAGCUGAAGAUUUGGAUCUCCUAAAUGCUAGUUUUCAAGAUGAAAGCAAAAUCCUCUAUACAUGGACUCCUGGCACUUUGCUGCACUACGGAAGGGCCGAGCUGAAGACUUCUGACCAUAGGCCUGUCGUUGCCCUGAUUGAUAUUGAUAUAUUUGAAGUUGAAGCUGAAGAGAGGCAAAACAUUUAUAAAGAAGUAAUCGCAGUUCAGGGUCCACCAGAUGGUACGGUGUUAGUCUCAAUCAAAAGCUCUUUACCAGAAAAUAAUUUUUUCAACGAUGCUUUGAUUGAUGAGCUUUUACAGCAGUUUACAAAUUUCGGUGAAGUUAUACUCAUAAGAUUUGUGGAAGAUAAAAUGUGGGUUACGUUUUUAGAGGGAAGCUCUGCCUUGAGUGUUCUGAACCUGAAUGGGAAAGAGUUACUGGGUAGGACUAUAACAAUUACUUUAAAAAGUCCAGACUGGAUCAAAACUUUGGAAGAAGAAAUGAGCUUAGAGAAAAUCAACAUCCCCUUGCCAUCAUCAACCAGCUCCACCCUCCUAGGUGAAGACGCGGAGGUCACGGCCGACUUCGAUAUGGAAGGUGAUGUGGAUGACUAUAGUGCUGAGGUAGAGGAGAUCCUUCCUCAGCAUCUCCAGCCAUCUUCCAGUUCUGGCCUUGGCACAUCCCCCGGUUCUUCACCCCGGACCAGUCCCUGCCAGUCACCUACCAUAUCGGAGGGGCCUGUGCCUUCCCUCCCAGUGAGACCAAGUCGAGCUCCGUCCAGAACACCCGGGCCCCCCGCUUCACAAAGUUCUCCUGUUGACACUCUGCCAGCAACACAGCUGCAGCAGAAAGAUUCUUCCCAGACCCUGGAACCCAAGCGGCCUCCCCCUCCCCGCCCAGUUGCUCCUCCUGCACGUCCAGCUCCCCCACAACGACCGCCUCCGCCUUCAGGAGCUAGGAGUCCUGCACCUGCUAGAAAAGAGUUUGGAGGUGUUGGAGCCCCUCCCAGUCCGGGGGUAGCUAGGCGAGAGAUGGAAGCACCCAAAAGCCCAGGGACGACACGGAGAGAUAAUCUAGGACGCAGUCAGCUUCCACCUCAAGCCGGACUGCCAGGCCCGGGACUUGCUGGACACAGUGCAGCCAGACCGAUUAUUCCGCCCCGUGCUGGAGUCAUCAGCGCCCCCCAGAGCCACGCACGGGCAUCUGCUGGGAGACUGACUCCUGAAAGCCAAAGCAAGCCCUCCGAAGUACUGAAAGGGUCAGCUCUUCUUCCCGAACCCCUGAAGCCUCAGGCUGCCCUUCCUGCGCCGCCUCCUCUUGCGCCACCUGUUCAGAAGAUGCAGGAGCCUCUCAUCCCGGUGGCCGCACCUCUGCCCCAGGCUGCCCCACAGCCCAGCCUGGAAACGCCCCCGCAGCCACCCCCUCGGAGCAGGUCAUCCCACAGCUUGCCUUCUGAGUCUCCGGCACAGCCGCAGGUGAAAACAAACGGAGUCUCCGCCGUCAGAUUGGACUCGCCAUUAAAGAGUGACCCAUUUGAAGACUUGUCAUUGAACCUGCUUGCUGUAUCAAAGGCUCAGCCAUCUGUUCACACCCCAAACCCAAGGGGGUUGACGCCGUUGCCUUCUGCAACCCCAAGUAACACGAACACUCUGAGUUCUGUAAGCUGCAUGCCGACAAUGCCUCCAAUUCCAGCCCGGAGUAAAUCCCAGGAAAACACGCGAUGUUCCCCAAACCCAUUCAUCCCAAGCUCGAGCAGCACAAAUCCUUUCACCAACAGGACCGCCACCCCCGGAAACCCCUUUCGAGCUGAGUCUCAAGAAUCAGAGGCCACUUCAUGGUUCUCCAAAGAAGAGCCUGUUGCUCCGAGUCCAUUCUCUUCGCUGAGGGCUCUGGGUCAGAACAGUAACAAGCCUUCAUCCUCCCUGGAUGGGUUUAAUGACAGUUUUGAUCCGCAGGGCCCGCCUGCACUAACAGUCAGCAACCCCAAAGGAUGGGUAACCUUCGAGGAAGAAGAGGACUUUGGUGUGACAGGGAAGUCAGGGUCCGCUCGUCCAGACGUUUUCCUGGGUAAGCAGCCAAGCUCGUCUCCUGGCUCCAAGGUGACGCUUGGUGAUGACUGGGGUAGAAGUACCAAUGUGUCUCUCUGUGUGUUGCCAGCAAGAAGACCACCCCCACCGCCUGUCCCUCUGCUCCCACCUGGCACCACCCCUCCCACAGACCCUUUCACAGCCCUGGCCUCUAAGGCAUCACCCACGCUAGACUUGACAGAAAGAUAACGUCACACAGUAGAGAGCAGUUGUCCCUUUAGUUUUGGCCGGGUAGAGCCAGAAGAUUUGGGCAUUCGUUAUUCAUGAUGUGCAAUAAGUAAUUGUUAAGUGCACUGAUGUUGUCAUGAAAUACCACUAUUUAAUGUGUACAGAGUUGGAAUAUGUGUAUAUCAGAAUUAAGGAAAAAUCCUUCUCAUUAUUAACUGGAAUUUUGGUGUGUUUCUGUUUGGAUAAAUAAGAGACAGUAGAAGCCAUAAAAAGUGCUUGAAGCUAAUUUAGAAAACAGUCCUCAUUCAGAAAUUAUUCUUCAGUCUCCUUGAAAGCAUCUCACAAAGCCCAAACAACUUCUAGCCGACACUGGUGCCAGCCCUUUCCUACUUGUCAACAAUUGGUAUUUAUAAGUAUUUACCAAAGAGCUGUCAAAGGUAUACUGGAACAGAAUUUAGAAAGACAUUGCUUACAAAAAAAAAAAAAAAGUGUAUACACACACAAACACACAAAUGUAUACACUUACAUACUGGUAAUAUGCAUCACUUAAAUUCUAGGGUAUAAGUCAGACCAAAUUUUUACCUAAAAGUUGUAACAGAGUUCUCUUCUCCAUAUAAUCAAAUGGAUGGCUGAAAAUGAAAUUUGGACAUUUCCAUUAUCUUUCUUUCCAAAUCUAGAGUAAUCUCACGACGAAACCAGAAUUUGCCCCCGUUGCACACCCACCCCUCCUGACACUACACCACACACCCUCUUGUCACUCUGGUCCCACACCUCUGCGUGCUUUUCUGGGGGAGGAGCUUCUUGCAGCCGAAAGCAGCAUAUUGUGUGGACCGACCCUCCUUCCUUUCGAAAAAGCGCGCUGGCCACAGAUGGCAGGAAGGCAUGUGCCACCAAAUUCAGUGAGAAGUAAAUGGGAGUUCAAGGUCCACGGAGGUGUCCGAGGAUGGCCCUCCUUGCUUCUCUAGCUGGUGAGCCGGGCGGCCCCCACCCCGGGGGAUGCUGAACUGAAUCUACCGUGUGUUCCCUCUCCCCAUCUGUGAUGCUGCUUUUCGUUCUUAGAGGCUACACCUCAAAUUAGCUGUGGAUUUUGUCUCCUGCACUGCCAGUAUGCAGCUGAUCCUGCUUUUGAUUAAUUUUAUGAAGACGUUCAUAAUUUAUACAGAAUGUAGUAUUUUGAUAUCAUUGAGGAAUCCCAGUCAGAAAAUUCCUGGAGCGAUAGUGUUUUGUCGUCAGUUUGAAAUCACCUUUGCCCAUUAUAUUAGCGUUCCUUUCAUACAAAGAGUUGUAAAUGUCACCUGAAUUCCAUUGUCCACAUUUAACCUUUAAACAUGUGCACUGGGGGAAUAUCAGAAAAUGGAGUUCAGGGCUAAGAAUACGUAAGAUGUAAAAAAGCACAGCAAGCUGCAUUGCACUUAACCACAUAAAGCAAAUCUAUUAGGAAAAAGCACUUUUCUAAAUGCUCAAAUGUUAUCAGAAUACUAUAUUUAUAAAAGUAAUUCUCUCUCUAUUAAUAGCCAGGACUUGCUAUUAGAAAUAACUCGUGAGUUUUAUAUUGUGCUUUUUGGGGAGGUCUAAUCAUUUCAGCAGUAGUGUAUUUUAAACAGCAGUAUUACUAUAAGCAGUGUGCUUCAAAAUGUGAAUUAACUUGUUGAAACUGUGGCUUUAACAUCUGUGUAAUUAGUGUAUAUGGUAUUUGCUCUCCGUUAGGAAAAUAACUCAUUAUAAACUUGAGUGCGACUGCAGUUCUGUGAGCAAUGUUUCCUAUUGAAUAGAAACAACUGUCUAAAAUACACAUAUCAAGCAGCAGCUCAGCCUUUUUCAGGAAAUUCUAUCGAUACUUGGCAAGUUGCUGGAAAAGUGCACAAAGUUAUGACAGACAGUUAAAGGCACACUGCAAAUUAGCCAUUAUUCUGCAUAUUAUUAAAAUAUUGACCAGUUCUGUUAAAAGCAGAGCAGAAACUAAACACUAAGGAUCUCUUUGUGAAUUCUUUGUUCUCUGUAGUAGAUUGCUGUUUAUAUGUAAGAAUUUUAUUGCUUAUGUGGCACACAGUAUUUAUAACUAUAUACUUUAUAGGAGUACAGUAUUAAAGUCAGUGGCAUAUAAACACUGAACAUAUCCUGUGAAAUGUGCUGUCAUAUGAAAUAAAUAUACCUGUCUUUACCA